UCAUCUCAUUACACACUUAAAACAUUUCUCUCCACCCCUCCUACUAUUAUAUAAACACAAAAAUAUUUUACCUAGCUAGUUAACCCCAAAACAAUAGCUAGUAAUGGAUAAACUGCAGAAAUGUGAGGCAAAUUACUUGCCUCUAAGCCCUAUAACGUUCUUAAAAAGAGCAGCAACCUCCUAUUCCAACCGUACCUCUUUGAUUUACGAAGGCACUCGCUUUACAUGGCGCCAAACCUACCACCGCUGCCUCCGCCUAGCCUCCUCUCUUCGUUCACUUAACGUUGUCAAGAACAAUGUCGUUUCGGUUUUAGCUCCGAACAUUCCUGCCAUGUACGAGAUGCACUUUGCAGUCGCCAUGGCAGGAGGUGUCAUCAACACUAUAAACACCCGUCUCGAUGCCAAGAACAUAGCUAUGAUUCUCAAGCAUUCCGAGGCGAAGGUGUUCUUUGUCGAUUACCAGUUCGUCCAGGUGGCGCAUGAGGCUCUCCGGGCUAUGGUGGAGGCCGAUGAGCCGUCUAGUAUGCCUUUGGUGGUUGUGAUCGACGACAUUGAUGCCCCGAGCGGAACCCGCCUCGGCGAGCUCGAGUACGAGGAGUUAGUCCACAAGGGGAACCCUGAGUUCAUCCCCGUCGAGGUGGACGACGAGUGGGACGCGAUCGCGCUCAAUUACACCUCCGGAACGACGUCGUCUCCCAAAGGAGUCGUUUACAGUCACAGAGGCGCGUAUUUGAGCACUCUCAGCUUGGUACUCGGCUGGGAAAUGAGGACUCACCCUGUUUACCUCUGGACCCUACCCAUGUUCCACUGCAACGGGUGGACUUUCACCUGGGGUGUGGUGGCGCGUGGCGGAACCAACGUCUGCCUCCGUAACACAACCGCCUACGACAUCUACCGAAACAUCUCUCUCCACAACGUCACACACAUGUGCUGUGCACCGAUCAUCUUCAACAUUCUUCUCGAGGCCAAACCUGUAGAGCGUCGGAAAAUAUCUUACCCGGUGGAGAUUCUCACCGGCGGCGCUCCUCCUCCGGCGAUGUUGCUGGAGAAGAUUGAGCCGCUCGGGUUCCACGUGACACACGCUUAUGGCUUGACGGAGGCGACUGGGCCGGCUUUGGUGUGCGAGUGGCAGGCCCAAUGGAACAGCCUCCCGAAAGAGGAUCAGGCCCAAAUCAAGGCCCGUCAAGGAAUUGGAAUUCUUGGCCUGGCUGACGUGGACGUGAAGGACUUGAGUACCAUGCAAAGCGUGCCACGUGACGGGAAAUCAUUGGGGGAGAUCGUACUGAGAGGAAGUACGAUAAUGAAAGGGUAUUUGAAGGACCCCAAAACGACGUCGGAGGCGUUCAGAGACGGGUGGUUUCUGACCGGAGACGUCGGAGUAGUCCACUCCGAUGGGUACUUGGAAAUAAAGGACCGAUCAAAGGACGUGAUCAUAUCGGGGGGCGAGAACAUCAGCAGCGUGGAGGUGGAGAGCGUGCUCUACAGACACCCAAAGAUUUUGGAGGCGGCGGUGGUGGCGAUGCCGCACCCCAAGUGGGGCGAGAGCCCCUGCGCUUUUGUGGCGGUGAACGGCGGCGGAGGCGAUGCGACUGAGGCUGAGAUCUUGAGCUAUUGCCGGAGGAAUAUGCCGCACUAUAUGGUUCCGAAGAAGGUGGUGUUUGUGACGGAGCUACCCAAGACUUCAACCGGGAAGAUUCAGAAGUUUGAGCUGAGAGCCAUGGCCAAAACCUUUGCUGUUGUCACCGAGAAAGAGACUCGUCAAAACGACGACCUGCAAGUCAUGGCCUUGUCCCGUUUAUGAAUAUGUCUUUUUAUGAAAUAUUAAUAUAUAAUUUAUUAUUUUGUUAAUAUAAACGGGGAACGACUACAAAAUCAUUUUUUUUUACAAUGCAUUAUUUGGAUUAUAUAAUCCUAAAUUUUUUUAUACGACGGUAUACAUUAUAGGCAUUUAGAAUAUCCCGCAAAUUUUCAAGAACUUCUGAAUAGUUUACACAGCCAAAAACAGAGUUUAAACUGUCAAAUUUUAUACGCGUAUACAAAAAAACAAGUACGCGUACAACAGACAGUUUAGACCCUGUUUCGGUACUAUAAUUUAUUUAGAAUUUUUUAAAAAUUUGUAGGAUGUUCUAGAUAUCUAUAAUGUACACCAUCAUAUAAAAAAAAUUAUGAUUAUAACUAUUCAGGUGCCGAAAUAGAAAAAAAAUGUACCGGUGUUGUAAAAAAAAGAUAUAUUGUAAUCGCUCCCUAUAUAUAUUAUAAGGAAGAUCAAGGAACAUCCUUUAUUUUUUGUUUUUUUUUUCUACGUACCAAACUGAUGUUAAUAUUGUUAA